AUGAAUGCGCUAUCCUCACCACACUAUGUGCGAUACGACAACUCUCGCGAAAACGAAUAUGUCGCCGCAAUGCGCCAACUGAUCUCCAAAGAUCUAUCCGAGCCCUACAGCAUCUACGUAUACCGCUACUUCCUAUACCAAUGGGGGGACCUAUGUUUCCUAGCAAUGGACGACAACAACGAAAUGGUCGGUGUGGUGGUCUCGAAGCUGGAACCGCACCGCGAUGGCCCACUGAGGGGGUAUAUUGCCAUGCUGGCCGUGCGCGAGGAAUACCGGGGUCAGGGCAUUGCUACGAAGUUAGUGCGCAUGGCUAUUGAUGCUAUGAUUGAGCGUGAUGCAGAUGAGAUUGUUCUCGAGACCGAAAUCACCAAUACCGGUGCGAUGAAGUUAUAUGAGCGUUUGGGAUUCUUGCGGAGCAAGCAGCUUCAUCGGUAUUAUUUGAAUGGCAAUUCGGCGUAUCGGCUUGUGCUUUAUCUUAAGGAGGGGGUUGGUGCGGUUCGGACGGGUCUUGAUCCGUACGGUCCGAUUCCGACCGGUCUACCGGAGGCUUGUGGGCAUUCCCAUGCGAAUAUGGGGUCGUUAAUGUGA